UUGACCUCCGCCGCCGCCAACCGCCGCCUCAGCUUGCGCCGCCGCCGCCGCCGCCGCGCACGCCAUGGGAGCCGUGACUGACGAUGAAGUCAUACGGAAGCGUCUCCUAAUUGAUGGAGACGGCGCUGGAGAUGAUCGGAGAAUCAAUCUGCUCGUGAAAAGUUUCAUUAAAUGGUGCAACUCCGGGUCCCAGGAAGAGGGAUAUAGCCAGUACCAACGUAUGCUGAGCACACUGUCCCAAUGUGAAUUUUCAAUGGGCAAAACUUUGCUUGUAUAUGAUAUGAAUCUCAGAGAAAUGGAAAAUUAUGAAAAAAUUUACAAAGAAAUAGAAUGUAGCAUUGCUGGAGCACAUGAAAAAAUUGCUGAGUGCAAAAAACAAAUUCUUCAAGCAAAGCGAAUACGAAAAAACCGCCAAGAAUACGAUGCUUUGGCGAAAGUGAUCCAGCACCAUCCAGACCGGCAUGAGACAUUAAAGGAACUAGAGUCUCUGGGAAAGGAACUAGAGCAUCUUUCACAUAUUAAAGAAAGUGUUGAAGAUAAGCUGGAAUUGAGACGGAAACAGUUUCACGUUCUCCUUAGUACCAUCCACGAACUUCAGCAAACGCUGGAAAAUGAUGAAAAGCUCUCAGAGGUAGAAGAAGCUCAAGAAAGCACCAUGGAAACAGAUCCUAAGCCAUAAACAGACUAAUGGUUCACCCUUCCCAAGAAGGCGGAAGUAACAACAUGCUCCUAGUGCGUUUAGAAUUUGUUGUGCUCUUGAGCUAUUUAAAGUUUUGGCAGUAGACUACUUUGCUUUUAAAUACUAAUGCACAGUUCAUUCCUAUUUCUUUACACAAAGGAAAAAAACUUCAGUAUAAAUUUGUUUGUAUUGAAAUGUCUUUUUUAUUCUUAAACUUAAAAGGUAGGAAGCGAUAUCCAAAAAUGUUUAAUAAAAUGUUUUCAAGCCAGAUAUGUUUGUGCUCAUUAGUAUUCUAGGUAGUUUUUAACUGGUAAGACUGGUUCAUUUAUAAAAUAAGUUGAAGAUUGUGAGAAAGUGGCAUUUCUAGGAUGUACGUGAAAAAAAUGAGUCAGUCUGGAAAUUGUUACCAUCUUUGAAAAUGGAGUUCAUGAAUAGGCUUCAUGAGGGCUGUGAACUUGUGAAAUUAUGUACAAAAUGUUUGUGGUAUGUGCUCAUUUGGGGAGAGGUUGCCUGAUCCUAACAAUCAGUGGUAUAAGAGGUAAUUACAAGAUGCAAAUUAAAUCAAUAUGCAUUGCCUUCUAGAUCUCUCUCCGAAAUGCUUAAGCAGGAUGGUUGUUAAAUGUUUUGAUGAUAGGUUUUCUUCUACUGUUCCAUUAUUUAGGAGUCAUUUUCAGUAGAAAAAACAUAUUGACAAAGAAAAAGUUGUCUCAGAAAAAUAGACUAUUAAGAUGGUUGGUCUUGGGGCACCUGGGUGGCUCAGUCAGUUAAGCGUCUGCCUUCGGCUCAGGU